AGAGAGAGAGAGAGAGAGAGAGAGAGAGAGAGAGAGAGCAUCCUCUCCCUCAACUUUGAAGCUGGCAUGAAAGACCCGGUGCUCCGUCUAUUUUAGGAUGAGAGAGUGGAUUUUCAUUUAGAGCAGCAGCGAGGCUUGCAGAGGCGCAGAGGAACGCGCGCGCUUGGGGUUUUGCGCACCCCGUCAGAUGCGGGAUUUGAAGCGGAGCGUCCAGAAGAUGAGCGGUCCUGGGCUGAGGGGACGGCAUGAGAAAGUCCUCCUUCUCAUCGUUUACCUCCAGCUGUGGUCAAAGCCGAUGGGGGAUGCAAUUCAUCCGGACUGCGCCAUCAUCUCUCAGCAUCUGAGGGCUCAGGAGGUUUGCAGCCAGGCGAGGAGAAGCGAGGCGCAGAACCAGAACCAGAACCAGAACCAGAGCCAUCACAGCGGAUGUAAAACAGAGUGGGAUGAGAUUGGAUGCUGGCUGAGGGCUGAAGUCGGGCAAGUGGUGAACUUAUCCUGCUCCGAGGUCUUCCAGCAUUUUUCCAGCAACCAGGGGUUUGUGUACAGAAACUGCACGGCUGACGGCUGGUCUGAAAUGUAUCCCCCCUAUGAGGAGGCCUGUCUUUUCAGUGAUGACAGUGAGCCGGAAUCUGAGACAAGUUACCUCUACACGUUCAGACAGGUUUACACUGUGGGGUACGCCACCUCACUCAUCUCCCUCAUCACAGCCAUCGUGGUGUUUACAGCCUUCAGGAAGUUCCGCUGCACCAGAAACUACAUCCACAUCAACCUUUUCUCCUCGUUCGUCCUGAGAGCCAGCGCUGUCUUUGUGAAAGACACGGUGCUGUUUGCAGACGAAACUCUGGACCACUGCUCUGUGUCCACAGUUGCAUGUAAGUCAGCUGUGGCUUUCUUCCAGUUCAGCAUCUUGGCCAAUUACUUCUGGUUACUGGUGGAGGGCAUGUACCUGCAGACCCUGCUGGCCCUCACUUUUGUCUCGCAGAGGAAAUACUUCUGGUGGUACAUUUUGAUUGGAUGGGGCCUGCCGUCAGCAGUUCUCAUCCUUUGGGUUCUGACCAGAUAUUUCUUUGACAACAGAAGCUGCUGGGACGACACCGACAAUGUUGGUAUUUGGUGGAUCAUUAAAGGACCGAUAACAGCAUCACUGCUGAUCAACAUAGUGAUCUUUGUUAAUGUUAUCCGGAUUCUGGUUCAGAAGCUUAAAUCUUCAGCCAUGGCUGGGAAUAAUGACACUGGACAUUUCAUGAGGCUGGCCAAGUCCACGCUGUUCCUCAUCCCACUGUUUGGGAUGCACUACACUGUAUUUGCCUUCCUGCCGGAGAACACGGGCGUAGCAGCCAGACUUUACAUCGAACUGGGUCUGGGAUCCUUUCAGGGGUUUGUGGUUGCUCUUCUUUACUGCUUCAUGAACGGAGAGGUUCAAACGGAGCUGCGGAAGUGGCUGUGGAGGUGCCACAAUCCGAAUCAACUCACGCCAGCCAAGAGGAGCAUCACUCGGAUUACGAUCCGAACCCGCGGGGGGCUGGGGCUGCCUCCUUCCAGUGCUAACAUCUCGUCAGUGUGAUCACUGACGAGGAAGGAAAACAAUAAAAACAGGUGGAAAUCCUCGGCAGAACAGAACAGGACUACGUCAGUCAUUUGAACAGCUCUUUACGGCAGCAACACGUCAAAAAGCUUUAUGUUAAUGUGAGCAAAUGGCUUCGGAGGAGCUAGAUCCCAGUGAGCUCUAUCAUAUUGAUGGUGCCUGACUUAUACAGCUGUCAUUGGGAAGGAAGAAACAGAGACAGAGCUGGCCCUGAACUGAAAGCAAUCAGAAGGUUCAGAUUACAGUUUGGAAUAGAUAUAAAAUGAGCAAAGAUUAAGAUUUUCCACGGAGAAAGCUGUGAAAUUAAUACAUGUUUAAAUACGAGAGAAAUACACUUACCAGACGCUUUAUUAGGUACACCUCACUGGUACCAGUUUGGAUCAUCCUUUGCCUUCAGAGCUGCCUUAAAGAGUAACUUACCCCAAAAUUAACUUUUUUUAGCUGAUAAACUGUCUAGAAUGUGUC